CGGGGCUCAAAAUUGGGCUGUGGACAUUGUGGCGGGCGCCAAAUAGGAAGUAGUUCUUCACAAACAUGGAUGGCCGCGCUUCCAAACGAAACUAAAUUGUUUAAAUGUCUUGAACUCGUUGACGAAGCGCUCUCACGCUGAAAUGGAACGACGACACCAGCACGUUUGGCCCUCGACGCAGGCUCAAAACAUGGAUACAAACAGUGUGAACAUAUGGCCACGUAUGGAGCCCUUCCUCUUGGGUGCUCUUCAGGUGGCACCCACCUCCAAGCUCAGCCUGCACUACCUCCGCAAGAUGGCCACCUACGUGCAGAGCCGCGACGGCUGCUUCCCCUCCCUGGGCUGGCCCAUGUGGAGGCACAUCGCGUGCGGGAAGCUGCAGCUUCCAGAAGAGCUGGCCUGGAUCUACUUUGAAACCUUUGACCUAUUCACCAGCAACUCGCCUGGGGAGCGGCUGGAGAGGGUGGAUUGUCUGUCACAGUGUUCCAACAAAAGUGAGCUGGAACAGCAGAGGAAUAAGAUGUCUGUGGACACGCUGCAGUUCAUCCUCUUCCUUUACAUUCAGCAGCUGAACCGAGUGUCUCUGCGUAGCUCUUUGAUUGGCGAAGAGUGGCCCAUCCAUCGAACGCGCACCAUGUUUUCAUCAGACAGAGAGUCCAAGACUAGCUCCCAAAACAAGAACUGGGACGACCAGGCCCAAUUAUCAUUCGUGCAGAGCCGCCUCGCUGAGCUUCUGGAGCUGCUGGUGGAUCCCGGCCAGUUGUCAGAGUCUGGACUGGCCCCGCGUGACUGUCAGUUAUCCCUGGAGGCCUUGUACAGCCUUGACUUCCUCCUGGAGGGCUCAACCCAACUGAACUGGUCCGUCCAGCCCCUCCACAGACUUCUAAGCAAAGAUCCUCUCCAGAUGCAAGCGGGCUACUGUGCAGUGAAGCGCUCCUUCCCUUUGUACCAGCUGCUCUCUUGUCUCCAGCACAACCUCACUCUCAAUCCUUUUGGGAUAAAGGCCUGCCUGCGCUCUGGGAAGAAACUGGCCUGGGCCCAACAAGUGGAGGGUAACAUGAAACGAGCCAAGAUAGCCCGGAACACUCACAUGGCUCCAGCUGGCAGUAAGAUAGUGCUCAUGUCUCAGGUCUACAAGCAGACCCUCGCCAAGACCUCAGACAAGCUGACAGGGGCCAACAUUAAGAUCCAUCGAUGCUCUGAUGCAUUCAUUUACCUCCUCUCACCUCUCAGGUCCGUCAGCGUGGACAAAUGCAGAGACUGCACGGUGGUCCUUGGCCCCGUGGAGACCAGCGUCCACGUGCACAGCUGCCAGAGCGUGCGCGUGGUGUGCGUGGCAGGCAGGAUCAUCGUCGGCGCCUCGUCGCGCUGCACGGUGCACGCCCUGACGCCCACCCGUCCCCUGCUCCUGCCCGGGAACGCCGACAUCACCCUGGGCCCCUACCACACCUUCUACCCCACCUUGGAGGACCACAUGGGCAGCGUGGGGCUGGCAGUGGUGCCCAACAUGUGGGACCAGCCCCUGCUGCUGGGGACCGACGGCCUCGUCAAGGAUUCGGACGCCAACCCUGAGCCGGCCUGCUACCGCCUGCUGCCCCCGGAGGACUUUCACACCAUGGUGGUGCCGUUCCAGAUGAAGGGGGACACGUGCGAGGUGCCGGGCGAGCUGGCGUCCUGCUACCAGAUGGCCAUCGAAGAGAAGCAGAGGAGGAUACAAAAAUGGCAGAAGACUGUGAUGGAGGCGCAGCUAAACAAGGAGCAGAAGCACAAGUUCCAGGAGCUGGUGGAGGCCAAGUUCCACGAGUGGCUGCUGGAGACGGGUCAAAGACAGGAACUGGACAGCCUGAUCCCAAACCCCAUGUCAACCCUACUGUUCCCCGACGGCGGGCCCCCGGGAGACCAGCUGCCCGUCAACAUGGCGGCGUACCUUACAAGUAAAGGGGGGGUAGGGCAUUCGCCGAUGGCGUGUUGAACUGGAAGCUGCUGCAGCAGAACUUCACUUCACGUCGUUUUUUUGCACUUCGCACACCGCCGAAUGUACGUCGUCACUUCCUGUUAGCGCACGCAUUUUUGUCAUCCUAAAAGAUGACUUUACUGUCAAAAUGAAUGGAAUAUAAUAUGUAGCACUGCUGACACAGCACCUUUGUAUUGCUAAAAAUUAAACAUGACUCUGAAAAAUGGA